GUCACUUGAAUGUGUCGAUUCUAGACCGACACAAAAACACUGAAGUCUGAAGCUGUUCUAGGAUAUAGAAAUACAUCUAGAUCUAGAAUCUAGAUAGAUAGAAUCUAGUCUAGAUUAUAGUUUAGUAUUCUUUGGAUAGUUUUGUGACUACAGUCUAUUGGAUAGCGCAUUAUUUAUUAGAUCUAGAUCAAUGAUAAUCUAGAAUUUUUAUGCAAUUGAAAUGGAGUCUGAAAUCACAUGAAUAAUGAGAAGGAACUACUACUUCCAAGAUUAGAGAGAACCUCUGGGGCGAGCUUGUGACAUAAACAUCGCUAUGGGGGUGUUACAGUGUGUGACUAGGAAGCGCCCACUUGGCAAGUCUGUCCCUUCAGCCCAAAAUGACGCUGGAAAGGGGGUUGAGAUGGAAAAAUGUCUGACCACACUGGACCUUGUAUCUCUAGGGGUGGGGAGUUGCUGUGGUGCAGGCAUGUAUCUGACUGCAGGGAUCAUUGCUGCCCAGAAGGCAGGGCCAGGUGGAAUUUUAUCCAUAGUUUUGGCAGGUCUUGGAUCAGUGUUGACAGGUGUCCACUAUGCUGAGCUUGCUGGCAUCUGCCCGCACACAUCUGGUUCUGCUUACAUGUACACCUACGUUACAGUGGGAGAGCUAUCUGCCUUUGUGAUAGGCUGGGGAUUGAUAGUGGAAUAUGUCAUUGGCACAGCUGCAGCUUCAGUUGCAUUGAGUGAGACUUUUCACUCCAUCACAGAGCAUACAAUCUCCAACUUCAUUCAUACGUGUACAAGCGCUGUUGGUUUACCAUCAAUUGAUGUCAUUGCUGCCCUUGUUUGCCUCCUACUGAUGUGGCUACUGGCCACUGGUGUGAAGAUGUCAGCUAGGUUCAACAACAUCCUCAACUGUAUCAACUUCAUCAUCUGGGCUAUUUUUGUUGGGGCAUCAUUGUAUCUAGGUUCCAGUUCAAACUGGUCGGAGCAUGGUGGAUUUUUGCCUUUUGGACCCUUAGGAGUUCUCUCAGCUAUUCCAACAGCCUUCUAUGCUUUUAUUGGCUUUGAUGGUCUAUCCACCACUGGAGCUGAGUGCAUCAGUCCCAUCAAGUCUAUUCCAGUGUCCAUUGUUCUGUCCAUCUUUAUCAACAUUGUUAUUUUCGUAAUGGUUGUCAUGGGGUUGACUUUCAGUUUGCCUUACAAUUCACUUCCUGCAGAUACAGCCAUGCUAGAUGUUUUUGCAAUCAUUGGCUAUCCUGUCCUCAAAUAUUUCAUGGCUGUGGGUGCUGUGUCUGGAUUAUUUGCCGCCACCUUUGGCUCAUUGUUUCCUCUGCCGAGAGUCUUGCAGGCCAUGGCUCAAGAUGGACUCAUUUUCAGAUACUUCGCAACAGUUUGCCCCAAACGACACACAGCUCUCCGGGCUACGAUUGUAUCAGGACUUGUUGCCGCAUUUUUGGCAGCAUUCAUCAAUCUGUCCCUUCUCAUCGAACUAGUUUUGAUUGGCACCUUAGUGGCGUAUGUUAUUGUAACCUACUCUACCCUCAUCGUCCGCUACGUAGAUUUACAGACAGGAAGAUCUAACCAACAAUCCUCUGUCAGUCAUCCAAUACCUUUAAAUUUGUUGAGUGUCCGUGAAGGAGUCAAUGGUGUGGGCCUCAAAAGGAAAGCCUCAGACACAAAUAUUAAUAGUUCAGAUAUGAAAGAUUGUGAGAAUCACACAAAUGUGAGCCGCCAGUCAUCUUCCCACUCAGACUCUUGCAUUAUGGUCUAUGAAAACGGAGUUGUCAACUCUGGUUUCCAUGACGGUGAAACACAUUGCACAAGAAGAGACUCGUCCAGUUCUCUAAGCAAGCGCCAUGAUGAGACUGGGGACCUGCAGGAGAACACCUAUGUUUUUAAAGUCGGUCCAGAGAAAGGCUCUCAGUCGAGCCCCUACAAUUCCCCUGUUAUCAAACCAACAGCAGUCAAGAAAAAAAAAUGUCUUUCAGAUCUAUGUUGUGUGACUGUCUAUCUGGGUCAAAACAUGUACAUAUAUUUAUUGCUCAUGUAUAUAACUUUGUUCCUUAUCUCUGGCACUUUGUCCAACUGCUACAGUCAAUUGGAGAAAAGGAACUUGGCUGUGAUAAUCAUUCUUAUACUUCUAACAGUUAUGUUUACAGUUAUGGCUGUUAUCUUAAUGUUUAUACCACAAGUGAAGAGAUCCAGGGAAGGUUUUCACGCUCCACUGGUUCCACUCACCACUGUCUUCACUGCUGGCAUUAAUAUUUACCUCAUGACCUCAUUACACUGGAUGACAUGGAUCUUAUUUAGUCUCUGGAUGACUAUAGGCUUGCUGAUCUACAUAUUCUACGGCACAAGAAACAGUCAACUAAAUGUAGACCUGGGCCAAGACAUGGACGUUUGGGAUGAAGAUACCGGCAGCACCGAAGACUUUGAUCUUCAGGUGGACACCGCAGUAGAGAGGGAACCAUUAUUAUGACCAAGAUUAUCAGUACGAAUUACUGGAUUGUCAGUACAAAUUACUGGAUUAUCAGUGCUAAUUACUGGAUUAUCAGUACUAAUUACUGGAUUAUCAGUGCUAAUUACUGGAUUAUCAGUGCUAAUUACUGGAUUAUCAGUGCUAAUUACUGGAUUAUCAGUGUUAAUUACUGGAUUAUCAGUAUGAAUUGACCUCUUUAGGGUCCCCUGCAUUGUGUUGUGAUAUCGAUAUCAUGACAUGAGACUAUGGCAAAAUAUUUAAUGUAAAAACAAAAUUCAGACACUCAUUUGGGGGACCUGAUGUGAUUUUCAAAUUCGGACCCCCCCCCUUCCCCUACCUUAGCUACACCACUGUCCUUGAAGGAAUGUUUUAAUGUGGCAAUGUAGUCUGUAUCCCUUUAUGUAAUGCUGCGCUUUUUAAUAUUUGUAUUCCUUUGUGUUAUGCUCCUCUCAGGCUUGCUGAUCUACAUAUUCUACGGCACAAGAAACAGUCAACUAAAUGUAGACUUGGACCAAGACAUGGACGGGAAGCGUGGUCGAGAGGCUAAGUGCGCUUGAACUUGGCUUGUCUUGGCUACCUAGAAGGGGGCUCGAGGUUCGACACCCGACUCGGGCAGAGUUGUGUUUACUGAGCGCAAAAGGCAGCACGGAAAAACAACUCCUAGAUACCCCCUCCCCCCCACUGGUCCACAUAUGAGAUUGGACCAAAGCGCUCUGAGCAUGCUAUAAGCAUGCUAUAAGCAUGAAAGUAGCGCUAUAUAAAAGCAAUAAUAAUAAUAAUAAUAAUAUGAAUUACUGGAUUAUUAGUACUAAUUACUGGAUUAUCAGUACUAAUUACUGGAAGUAUAACAUGAUUCUUGAACAAUGAACAGGACUAUGAGUUAUGCUUACAGAUCUAUGGGAUGCAAACAAAAUAUGCAUGACAUUGUUAUUUACAUUCAAAAUGUUAUGUGUACAUUUUUUAUGCAACUAGUUUUAUGUAGAACUGAAUACAUUUUAGUAUUUGGUAACAAAAAUAUUUUGUAAGCUUUUUAAAAUUCUCUAUGUACAUUUUCUAGGGUAUGUAUUUUGGUAUCAGCAUUUAGUUGUUUUUUUUUAGCAAUUUCAAAAAUGUUAUGGCUCAGGACAUGUACAUUGUUUGUAUAAAUUAGGGUGUCAGGGGUUGUUGUUUUCUAUAAAAUUUUAACAUUUAAUUACGUAAACUUAACUAAAAUGGAUAUUUUUAAAAUGAUUUUUUUAAAAUGCUUAUUUGUAUGUAAUUAUGUCAUGAAGAACCAAAACAAUUGCUCAAUUUGUUUCUAUUUAAAAUAUCUACCAUAUCCUUAUUUUAUUUGAUGCUUCACACAGAAGUAAAGAAAAAAUGAAAUUAUUUGUACAUUUUCUGUUUUUACAUAAACUGACAUUCAUAUUUUGUUGAAUUCUCUUUUCUUUGCGUUCAUGACAUUUGAGUUUAUUUUUUUUAUUUAUUUUUAUCUAUUCAGCUUUUUAUUGGGUUAGUUGCUUCAGUAGGGUAGCUGUCUCUUAAAGAUUUAUUUCUAACCAUCUCGUCAUGAAAUUAUGUUUUCAUGUACAUUUAAUUACUCACUCUCUCAGUACCAUCAGUCGGUUACGCCAAACCAAAUUUUGAAUUUCAGAAUUUCACAUUUUAAGUUUUCAAAAAUUCUUGCACAUUUCUAAGAGUUGUAACACUAAAAUUAUUAUAACUGAAAACUGGAAUUUUUAAUUCUUAGAUUUUUAACUUGCCCCUGAGUCUUGUCUUAGUUGGAGAAAAGUAAAUGUGAUUGGUUGUUGAAUGCAACAGAAACAGAUGACCUUUACAUCAUCUGCCCUAUAGAUUGCGAAAGGGGUACUUUAGUAUUUAUGUCUUUAGUAUCAUGGCAACACUUCCAUUGAACGUUGUAUCAAAAAUAAAUAUUUAAAAAUGUAUUUUUUUUAAUAAAAAUUUUAAUGACAUUAUCUUUCUCUUCAACAAAUUAGUUGAAUGAUUUAGGAAAUGUAUAAUGAAAACUUUGAAGGCAGGCUGGUUUGACGUACCUACUAUAAGGCUUAAUAAUGGUGCUCUAAUAAUUAUUCCCUGUUUUUCUUUUGUACUACACAGUGGGAUACGCUUACUUGGUAAGAAAAAAAAGAUUGACUUUGAAGUAGAAUAAUUGGAAUUACACUUCAACAAGUAAAUAACUGAAUAAUAUGAAUGUCCUUUAAAGUUACUUCCCUUCUUUUUUUUUUUUUUUUUUUUGAAGUCUUCAAGUGGGAGGGUAAUUCAAUUUGUAUGUAUUUUCUGUUGGAAGGAGUUGGACAUGACAAUGCUAACCUGUUUAGAGGUAAUUAAUAUAGCAAGUGAUAGUGAGUUUAUUGUCUUGAAAUUACAGAGAAGUGCUGGUCAGUGGCCUGAUUUAGUCAGUUUAGUGAUUAUUACACAGUGCACAGUUGGUCACAAAGAGAAAGGGGGGGGGGGUAGGCCCUAGUCUUGUUGCAAUGAGCACAAAUAAAAUUUUACUUAGUGGAGUGUAAUCUCUGGUGUGUGUCUAAACUGUGAGAGAGAGGGGGUAGGUGUCAGUCUGCUAGUCCUUGUCCCUCCCUAGGCACACCCACACAGGCUGGGCUUAUGGAAAACUAGACAUGAUGUUGUAAUAUUGGUGAAAGCCGCAGGUUACCACUGGCUUGGGUGAAAAUUGGGUACAGAUCACUAAAAUAUUUAAUGUUUUAUUGAAAUUAUCAGGACUUUGCACUAAGGCGAAAGAAGCCAGUUUAAAAUAAGCAUAACUCUCAGUUUGAAACAUCUGAAUUUCGCUGUAUACAUUUUACUUUGUUCAUUCUGACUCAUGUUUUUUUGUUCAUGUUUCCUGUUCACUUACACUUUGGGGACCCAUUGAUGUGUUCACAAAUUAUUAUUGUCAUUGAAGUAUUUCUUUAUGAUCCAUAUGUAGUAGGCCAGUAUAGAAAGACAAUUGUUGGCUGUAGUCUUUCACUAACAUAUUUCAUGACUUGUCUAUGUUGAAAUACAUCUCAUGUUAAUUUUAGACACUUUUUAUAUUAUCUUCAUUUAUAUUUUGGAUCAUUUUUUUUUUAGUGCUCAGGCUCCUCUAGCUGUAAAACCAGAAUGGCGAUAAAAAUCUUUUAAGAACUUUUAUGAAUAUUGCAAUGCACAUUUGUAAAAUCAGACUAUAAAAAAAAGGGAAGUAAUCUAUGCUUUUAUAUCAGUUAUCUUUCUUUAUGCAAAAAAAAAAAAAAAUAUGUAUCUACUAUUUCUGACGAGUAUUUUUAUCAUGUGCUUGCUUUCUCUACACCAGUGUUUCCCAAACUCUGUUCCGCGGAAACUUAGUGUUCUGCGACGCCUGAAUAAGAUUUCCACGAACUACUUGAAUUAUCCACUAUUAGGCCAUCACGUGAAAUAUCUCUCUAAAAAAAGAAGCAAAAUGUUCCAUUCGAUAAUCAAAAUGAGAGAAGUGUUCCGUUAAGAAAGAAGUUUGGGAAACACUGCUCGACACCCUGUUUACGCUGCAAUUUAGACCUAUAUGUUUCCACCAUGAGAGCCUUAAUACUAGUAUUGUAGUGAUGCUGUAAUAUAAGCUAGUGUUGUCAAUGAGUUAUACUUAUCAAGGAAACAACUAUGCAAUGUGCCUUACUGUUGUUUAUUGUGAAACAUAUCAGUAGUUAUUAUAAGAAACAUUCUAUUUUUGUAAACAUUUCUCUGGUGUUGAUACUGACCUAUAUAACUACACUGAUAAAUCUCCUCCCCUAACUUACAUGACUGCGUAGUUUCUAAUCACGCCUCUUUCCAGCGCCAACCAUUUCCACAAAGAGGUUACUUUUUUUUUUUUUUUUUUUUUUUUUUGAAUUUGUUUGAUUUUGACGGGAUUUUAAAACAAUGGUUAGGGAACAAGAAAGAAAAGUUUUAUUUCCAGAAGAUGCUUAAAAAUUCACUGUUCAUGUCAACAAAUUUAUUUAGUUCUUCCGUCAUUGGAUUAUUCUUCAAGUAGUUUGGAAAAUCUAACUGGUUAGUGGUAUAAUUGGAAAGAAUACCAAUUCUGUGUCGUGAUAGUUAAUUAAAAGAAAAACUAUUUUUUUGAUAUCAUUUUGAAAUGAAAUAUUUAUGUCAACCAAAUAAAGAAAAUCUUUAUUCAUGAUGAUUUGAAUCAGACUCUGAGUCAGUCCAAUGAAAAGGGAUGCCUUGUCUUUAAAAGUGCCAGUAGCUAAUAAUUUAUAAAUAUAGAAAUAAUCUAAGUUCAAAUUCUUGUUUAUUAUUUAGCUAGAAUCUUGAUGAACACGUGAUGUAAUGAAGAGCCAUUGCUAGAUAGUUGAUGAACACAUGACUUUAUGAUAAGCCAUUAUCUUGUUAGAUAGUUGAUGAACAUGUGACUUUAUGAUAAGCCAUUAUCCUGUUAGAUAGUUGAUGAACAUGUGACUUUAUGAUAAGCCAUUAUCCUGUUAGAUAGUUGAUGAACAUGUGACUUUAUGAUGAGCCAUUAUCUUGUUAAAUAGUUGAUGAGCAUGUGACUUUAUGGAUGAGCCAUUAUCUUGUUAGAUAGUUGAUGAACAUGUGACUUUAUGGAUGAGCCAUUAUCUUGUUAGAUAGUUGAUGAAUAUGUGACUUUAUGGAUGAGCCAUUAUCUUGUUAGAUAGUUGAUGAACAUGUGACUUUAUGAUGAGCCAUUAUCUUGUUAGAUAGUUGAUGAACAUGUGACUUUAUGAGCCAUUAUCUUGUUAGAUAGUUGAUGAACAUGUGACUUUAUGAUGAGCCAUUAUCCUGUUAGAUAGUUGAUGAACAUGUGACUUUAUGAUGAGCCAUUAUCUUGUUAGAUAGUUGAUGAACAUGUGACUUUAUGAGCCAUUAUCUUGUUAGAUAGUUGAUGAACAUGUGACUUUAUGAUGAGCCAUUAUCCUGUUAGAUAGUUGAUGAACAUGUGACUUUAUGAUGAGCCAUUAUCUUGUUAGAUAGUUGAUGAGCAUGUGACUUUAUGAUGAGCCAUUAUCUUGUUAGAUAGUUGAUGAGCAUGUGACUUUAUGAUGAGCCAUUAUCUUGUUAGAUAGUUGAUGAACAUGUGACUUAAUGAUGAUCCAUUAUCCUGUUAGAUAGUUGAUGAACAUGUGACUUAAUGAGCCAGCAUUAGAUUGUUGAUGAACUUGUGACUUAAUUAAUGAGCCAGUGUUAGGUCUCUAGUGUUGAUAAACAUGUCCUACUUUUAAAUGGCUCUAAUGUUCAAUCGUAGUAUAAUUGUAUUCCUUUCCAAUGUUAUCUUGUAUGUGAAUUUAAAUAAACGUAUUCACACACACUAACAGCA